AGUUACUUGAUCUGUUGCUCAUCGAUCUCGACAUCGCCAUGGGCGGCCUCUCCAUGGACCAGGCCUUCGUGCAGGCCCCCGAGCAUCGCACCAAGGCGAACCUCGCCGACGCGGCCGGCAUCCCGGUCAUCGACCUCUCCCCUCUCGCCGCCGGCGACAAGGCCGGCCUGGACGCCCUCGCGGCCGAGGUGGGCAGGGCGAGCCGUGACUGGGGGUUCUUCGUGGUGGUGCGCCACGGCGUGCCGGCGGAGACGGUGGCGCGGGCGCUGGAGGCGCAGAGGGCCUUCUUCGCGCUGCCCGCGGACCGGAAGGCGGCCGUGCGGAGGGACGAGGCGGCGCCGCUGGGGUACUACGAGUCGGAGCACACCAAGAACGUCAGGGACUGGAAGGAGGUGUUCGACCUCGUCCCCCGCGAGCCGCCGCCGCCUGCCGCGGUUGCCGACGGCGAGCUCGUGUUCGAGAACAAGUGGCCCGAGGACCUGCCGGGGUUCAGAGAGGCUCUCGAAGAGUACGAGAAAGCGAUGGAGGAGCUGGCGUUCAAGCUGCUGGAGCUGAUCGCCCGGAGCCUGGGACUGAGACCGGACCGGCUGCACGGCUUCUUCAAGGACCAGACCACCUUCAUCCGGCUGAACCACUACCCGCCCUGCCCCAGCCCCGACCUCGCCCUCGGCGUCGGCCGCCACAAGGACGCCGGCGCGCUCACCAUCCUCUACCAGGACGACGUCGGCGGGCUCGACGUCCGGCGCCGCUCCGACGGCGAGUGGGUGCGCGUCAGGCCUGUCCCGGACUCCUACGUCAUCAACGUCGGCGACAUCAUCCAGGUGUGGAGCAACGACAGGUACGAGAGCGCGGAGCACAGGGUGUCGGUGAACUCGCACAAGGAGAGGUUCUCCAUGCCCUACUUCUUCAACCCCGGGAGCGACGCCAUGAUCGAGCCGUUGGAGGAGAUGGUGAGCGACGAAAGGCCGGCCAGGUACGACGCCUACAACUGGGGCAACUUCUUCAGCACCAGGAAGAACAGCAACUUCAGGAAGCUCGCCGUCGAAAACGUCCAGAUCGCACACUUCAGAAAGGACCGACCUUAAAUGAAGGAUCCCUCAUGAAUUCAUGAUCCUUCCGCUCUCCUCAGUGAUCCUAGUGCUACAACUACAAGCAUCUCCCCGUUUGUAGUAAUAAUAUAAGUAUUCUCUCCGUAAACUAAUAUAAAAGCGUUUAGAACACUACUUUAGUGAUCUAAAUGCUCUUAUAUUAGUUUACAGAGAGAGUAUUGUGUAUUAAUAAUGAAUUCCUCUGUUUCAAAAUAAGUGAUGAAGUGGUUUUAGUUCAAUUUUUUUAGAGAGGAGGCA